AUGACUGAUGCCCCGUCCCUGACAUUCCCGAUCCUGAUGAAUCUGCCACGUCGAAAUCGUUGCCUAAGAAAAGCUCGCAUUCAAGAACUGGAGAAUAAGGAGAAGGAGCAUGAGGUACAGAUUCUGAUGCUAAUAGAGGAAAGAGAUCAGUUUCGUAAUGCAUUGGCUUGGAAGGCCGCUGGACAUAAAAACCCACAGUUCAUUGCAGCAGUAUCCGAAUACCCUCCUGGCGUUCGCCCUUCCGCUCCCUAUCCCACUCGCGAGCCCACCACGCCUCCCCAUUUCCUGAAAACCCUUUUCUACGCCUUCGCCCUUUACAACAGUAUCAAAUUCCUCAGUCGUACUGCCGCCACUGCCUUUGGUCAUUGCACGAGGUUGGAGGACGUUGAGGAGUCCUGGACUCCUAAACACGUUAUUGAUCUCCAAUUUCGCCAGCUUGAAUUUCAGAAGCAUUUCUUUCACUACUUCCACGAGUUUCUCAUCCUCCGAGUUCCUUCUUUCCUAAAACGGGCAAUCAUGGCCUUCACUUCGUCAGACUCGUUGCAGCCCUUUAGAGCUGGAAGCAUCAGCUCAUUCUGCGCCUGA